UCGCAUUGGCGUCUAGCGACCGUGACCAGCCGGCCAGCCGAAUCGUGGUGCCAUUCACACAUGCGCUACAACCAUCAAUUACUAUGGAUUAUUUUGUCGCAAUUCAUUUAUACUACUUGAGCCCUCUUAUUACCAUCGCUUUCUUGUCCAAACAUCCAGUCAGCAUUCGUAUAUCAUCCUUGGCGUUCUAAUACUGGAGACGAGUCGGCGACGAUCUUGCGCGUACGCAGCUUGCCGCAUCCAUUACACGCUCCAGACCAUCGCCUGCAUUGAUACUUCCCGUCCAAGAGAAUUUGAGGGGCCAUUGGGGUCCCUUUGAGUUGGCAAGAUGGCGGACAAGCAGUAUAAGUACCGCAGUGAGAUCAGUCAGAUGAUGUACGUCAGCGGCGAAACUGCUGAACCUCCUGCGGAAACGACGAGUAUCAUGGAAGACAUUGUGCGCCAGCAGGUGAUAGAAAUGCUGCGCAAUUGCACAGAGCUAGCCUCCCGUCGAGGGUCCAAGUCCAUCAGUAUCAACGAUCUCAUCUUUCAGAUUCGCCACGACCAGGCCAAGGUCUCGCGGCUACGGACAUUUCUUAGCUGGAAAGACGUGCGGAAGAACGUGAAGGACUCGGAUGACAAGGGAGCCGACGCUGAUCUCGCAGCCGGUGACGAUCCCACAGGCGGCGUGGUGGGCGGAGGACCAGCCGACGAGGCCGCCAAGAAGAACAAAAAGUCCAAGAUUGGUCUCCCCUGGGAGCAUGCGUCCCUGUACCCGGUGGAAGUGCCCGAGCGCGACGACGAGGAGGACGAGGACGAAGACGAGAUGAACUUUAUCACCCUGCAGCGGUUGCGGCGUGCCGACGAGCGCACAAAGGUCAUGACUAAGGAAGAGUAUGUGACGUGGUCGGAGUAUCGCCAGGCAUCCUUCACAUACCGCAAAGGCAAACGCUUCCGCGAGUGGGCCGGAUUCGGCAUUGUGACGGACAGCAAGCCCUCGGACGACAUUGUCGAUAUUCUCGGCUUCUUGACGUUCGAGAUGGUGCAGGUCCUGACGGAGAUUGCGCUCAAGGUCAAGGAGCAGGAAGACUUGGCGCGGGCGCAGAGCGGCGGGGGCGACGACGACAAGGCGGCCGGGUCGAAGAAGAGGAAGCUUCACCAGGGCCUCUUUGAUCCGCCUAGCGAGGGCAAGAGGCCGAUUGAGCCCAGGCAUGUGCAGGAGGCCUUUCGACGAUUCCAGCAACGGCCCAAGAAGUCAAAGGCGAUGCUGAACGGGACGAGGAUGGUGCAGCAUACGCCACUUAACAUUAUCUGACCCCGUCGAAAUUUUGGCAUGUACUUGGGAGGUUAUUCGGGAUUGGUGCUGGGGCGUUUACGGGAUCAGCGUGUUGGAAGGGCUUGGUUUAAUUCGGAUUGCGCGAGAGUCGAUGGUCGACCUUGUCUAGAUGGGCGAGCAUGCUGGAGAUCCUUGAGUAAGGACAAUGGAAUACAGAAGCUUACUUGACUGACUGCCUCACGUCUCCGAGGGUGUGAAGCAGAAACGACUAACACUCGAGCAGAUCUGUUAGUCAACACUCUGAGCAUAUUUACUGACUUGCAGAGAAAAGCAGCUACUAAGCGUUAGGCAUCCGAUGAGCUCAAAUAGUGAGACCACUUUGCCCUGGUUUUCUGGCAUGGUGAUUGAGAGUGAGAGAUGCGGAAGUACCGCGCGU